AUGGCUCAUAUAGCUGUUGAGAGAAAUAGAAGAAAGCUAAUGAAUGAACACCUCAAGGUUCUUCGUUCCUUGACUCCUUGCUUCUAUAUCAAAAGAGGAGAUCAAGCUUCGAUAAUAGGGGGCGUAAUAGAAUUCGUCAAGGAACUGCACCAAAUUCUACAAUCUUUAGAAUCAAAGAAGCGGAGAAAGAGCUUGAGCUCUAGUCCUGGACCAAGUCCGAGGUCAACUUUGCAGCUAAUAACUCAACCUCCUAUUUCUCCCCUUCCAUUACCUCCGGACAGUAGUAGUCCCUUUACUACUGCUGGGUUUCCUGACGAUCAACAGAUUCAGCACAAUAAUACUGCCGUUCGAGAUGAUCAUCAGCUGGCUGGGGCAUCUUGCAACUCUUCGGUCGCAGAUGUUGAAGCCAAAAUAUCGGGUUCGAAUGUUAUACUCCGGACGGUUUCAAAAAGAAUUCCUGGACAAGUCGUUAAAUUGAUUGAACUCUUGGAAAAACACUCGUUCGAGAUACUUCAUCUUAACGUUAGUAGCAUGGAAGACACUGUCCUACACUCCUUUGUUAUAAAGAUUGGCCUUGAAUGCAAACUUAGCGUGGAGGAAUUAGCUGUGGAAGUUCAACAAAGCUUCAACUCUACCUCGAAUUAG